AUGGCGAAAUUUAAUACGGGUAACAGUCCCACAGAGGAUGUUUCUGGUAACAGUCGACCCUUCAAAGUCCCAGGACAACUUAUCCAUACAGGAUUGCAGACGAGGAAAGCAGCACUUGAGAAAUUUGGAAGUCAAGGAAAUGCAACUCUUCCUUCGGGACCCAGUACCUUUCAUAAACCUGUUCAUCCUAAGCCUCCUCUGGUUGUCAAGCCUUCAACCGAUGAUAAAACAGAGAAGGAUCCAAAGCCCCCAUAUUUGAAACCAGUGGCACAAAGAUUUGGGGUUCAGCUUCAGGCAACUAACAGAGAAAAUGAUGGAAAAGCUGCAUGCACUAAACCCCCCACCAAAACCAGUGACGUGGCAAAAGAAGAGCCAAAGCCUCUGUAUCCAAAACUUGCUGGGAACAAGUUCCUUAACUCUGCUCCCCAUGAGAAAGAAAAAAAUCCUCUGGGAACAAAACCAAAAUCAAAUUUUGCACCACAGGAGUGUGAGGCAAAACCAGCAUUUUCAAAAGUAACUGGAGUUAAGGAAAAGUACAUGUCUGCAACACGAGAAAAUGAGCCCAAACCUCCUUUCUCUAAACCACCUCUUGCACAGAAACCUUCUCUAAACCAUGAGAUCUCCCACAACGAAGACACUUCUAAUAAAAAUGUUUUUCUGCAAAAAGGACUAUCAGGCCCUAGACCAAAUAUGCACUCAUUUAAAGCAGCAAAGGAAAUGGAUGAAAAUAGUAACUGUGGUGCAGAAGCUGCAGGCAGUCAUUUUUCUAACAUGGUUCUGAAGCCUACUGGCCACUGGUCCAGCUCAUCUCAAGGCACCCUCAAAAAUGUGGAGGAGAAGACUGAAGAAAAGGGAAUGAGUGCUGCCAAGAACAUCUUUGUCAACAAAAUCACUCAGGAAGAAUCAGGUUCUUCUUCUAAACUCCAUAAGACAAACACAGCGCUUGCUUCAGGAAGGCCAACAGGUGGAUCACAAGAAAAAGAGGAUGAGGACAGGAGCUCAGGAACCCCAAGGCGGAAAGCCUUGCCCCCGCUGUUCAAGCUGGGCCAGCCCCCGCAGAAGCCCAGCCGACCCCCCAUCGUGGACUUGGAAAGGUUCCAGAAAAGCAGCCCAAAAGACAACCCUAAAAAUGAAGGUUUGAAACAGAUAGCACCUGCAUCAGCAGCAGUCUCCCCACCUGUACCUCCACCACACUCUGCUACGCAGUUGCCACCUCCUCCACCAGCCUCUCACCCAUCCCUGCAGUCUGCAGCAGCUCCCAGCCUGCCUCCCAGAAACAUCAAGCCCACCUCUGAAACAAUAAGUCCAGACAAUGAAGAAAAUUAUGAUGAUGUUGAAUUUGUGUCACAGGGUCAUGGAAAUACAGAGGGGGGCCAAGAGACUGAUGGAGAGAUGUAUGAAGACAUAAAUGACAUCAGGUAAUCAAGGGGAAAAGAGAAGAAGCGGGACAAGGAAGAAAAGAGAAGAGUGGACCAAGAGAAGAAAGAACAAAAGGAAAAAGAAAAGAAAGAGCAGGAGAUAAGGAAGAAGUUCAAAUUAACGGGACCCAUCCAAGUCCUUCAUCAGGCACGAGCUUGUGUUGACCACAAGGGAGGGAAGAAUGAGCUGACUGUCAAACAGGGGGAUGAGAUUGAAAUCAUUCGCCUCACAGACAACCCAGAAGGAAAGUGGCUGGGCAGGAUAAAAGGAUGUUAUGGAUACAUUAAAACAACCAUGGUGGAGAUUGAUUACGAUUCUUUAAGAAGAAAGCAACAGCCAUCUACCAGAACUGCUGUGAAACAUCCAGAGAGCGACCAAGAGGUGUAUGAUGAUGUUGGAGAGCAGGACAGUAUUAGCAGUCAGAGUGGUGGUCAAAGUGGAGCCGGAAAGAUGUUCCCACCUCCUCCUGCUGAUCAAGAAAUUUAUGAUGGGAUUGAUGAUGAAGAUGCUGUAACUAGGUCUGUAUCACAGGAUGAAGAUAAGAAUGGUAUCUGGUCCUGGGGAAUCUUGAAGAGGCUAAAGGUCAAAGAUGACAAAAAGAAAAGUAUACGAGAAAAAACAACCAAAGUCAAUGGGGCAGAAGAUAAUGGAGCUACGUUCAUGUCUCCUUCAACAAAGCAGUUUGGAAAAGAUUGUGGAGACAAUGAUGUUUAUGAUGACGUAGAUUCUUCAGACUUCCCUCCUCCACCGCCUGAAUCUUGGUUUAGUUCAUCAAAAUCAGCAAGCCUUGGAAAACAUAAAUCAGAUGAAAAAGAUGCACAAAAGCUUAAAAAGAUGGAAAGAGAAGAGAAAGAGUUCAGAAAAAAGUUCAAAUUUGAAGGUGAAAUUAAAGUUCUAUACUCUACGACCACAGUCCAGGAUUUGCCCCAGAGGAGAUGGGGACCUAAAGACUUACAAGUUAAACCAGGGGAGUCUCUGGAAAUUAUAGAAAGUACAGAUGACACCAAGGUCCUGUGCAGGAAUGAAGAAGGAAAAUAUGGCUAUGUUCUGAGAAGCAAUUUAGUUGAGAAUGAUGGAGAGAUUUACGAUGAUAUUGGUGACGAUUGCAUCUAUGAUAAUGACUGAUGCAGAAUUCUAUGCAAGUAAGAGCUUCAUUGAAGACCAAAAUCUAUUCCGGACUUCCUAAUUGUGAAAUCAAGAGAAGUCACUAAAGCUGAUUACAAGUUUAUUGGUUACCCUCUUCUACAACUAACCAUUUUUAGGAUUUCAAGGUUUUGUCGUCCCUUGCUUCAUAUGACAUUCAUAUUGCCAUUUAUCUGAGCAAUUAAAAUUCAGGGAAUAUGAGCUAAAGUUAAGGUUAUGAUUUUCCACUUCCUUUCCACAUUUGUAACAGUCCGUGUAAAAACAGUUCUUCAAUUAGCUGUACCCAAAGAGGCCAGUUCAGGUCUAUGAAGGAUACAGAGGACAACGAACCCUGGGAACAGGUUUUACUCUGGCUCUGGUCUAUUAAACACCAGAGACUGCCACUCUGGGGAGGACAGUAUCCUGAAAAGAAAAGCUUCCUUUGGUGAUAACAUCCUGUUGUGAAAACAGGAAAUCAAAAGUGGGCAUCAGAGCAGACAAUACAUUGCUGACCAGCCAUUCCAACUGCAAUAGUGUUAGCUACACUGACAUGUACAGUCAUGUACCAUUAUUGCUGAAAUUUCUUUUUCUACAUUGUACUAAUGAUAGAAUACCAUUUCCUAAAAUUUAUUUGACCAUUUUGUAAGUACUUUUUGGCUAAUAUUAAUAGCAAAAUAGUAACAAUGUUAUAUAUGUUACAUAUAGCACUCUGAGAUACAAACCAUAGAAGAGUCUACUUUAUAGUAUAGUGUUGCUCAAAAUAUAUUCAGAACAUUUAGGUUAAGAUUUAAUUUCUGUUUAGUUUGAAGAUAUGUUGUCAUCACUGUAGUAAUUUAGGCAUUAAAAUGGACCUAUAAACUUAGGAUAAACUGGUUGGAAAUAACUUCUAGAUUAAAUAUAUACUUAUCACACCAUUUUGAUAGUAUCUUUUUCUUCUAAGUACUAUAUUUUACACUAGACUUGACUAAAUGAGAGUAUAGAAAUCAAACAUUUCCAUGUUUAUCCAUGUAGAAGCAACAUUUAGUUCUAAAGAUCAUUAGUGAUGCUGUCAUCUGAAUAAGCAAGUAGCAAAUCAAAGUAAAAUGAACAGAUGAAUCAUAAUAAUAAAAAUCACUUUGCACUUAUAUAUCAGAACUCACUGGAAAUCAAAAGACGUUUACAGUGAACUCCCAAUAAAAAGAGUAAGCAAGUGCAGAAAAUGGAGCAUGUUUUUGUAAUGUGUGAUGCUUUCGCUGUAGUACAAGAUAAUAAAAAACCUGUACAACCGAAGUGGCUGGAUCAGUGCUAGCAACUCCUCUUGAUAAUCAAGUCUCCUGUAGAGGGAAGCGAAGUACACUGUGCAAACAAGUGCAAUGUAGCAAGCUAGCAAGUUUAGCUUACAAACAUAAAAAAAUUUUGGUUCUGUUGAAGUCAGUGAGUUUUGGUCUCACCUUCAGUGGAGCUGAGAUUUCAUCUUACACAAGUGCCUUUUAUUGAUGGUUCACAAUACAGUAAAUCUCUAAGGAGGUAUAAUGCUAUGGGGAUAUGAAACAUAAAAUUAACUGUAGAGAUAAUAGCCUAUAAGCUAUAUUAUACUAUAUUUAAAAUCACUGAUAAUACACUGAAAAGCUAUAUGCAAACUUGAGUUUCCUGUUCUAUAUUUGCUAUUCAGCUAGCAUCCAGGCAUACAAAUAUGAAUUUUAUGUGUAAACAUGAGCACCAGCAUCCAAAUUUAAAACAUGAUCUUUUAUAUUAAGUAUAGUGAAUGUGUCUGGCUAUUUGGCUAUGUCGCUGCUGGUGGUUUAUUUGUUUUUCAGGGGCAUUCAAGAGGGUAUUUGCAUCAAAUUAGUGGUAUGUCAAAGAACUGAGAGGGAACGCAGACAUUCAGAAAUACACAACCACUUGUCAGUUAACAAUAGGCUAAAUAGUUUCAUGCUUUACACAGUUAAUUAUCUCAAAAAGAGUUUGUGUUAAAUUCUAACAUAUAUGCCCAGUCUUGUUUUAGUUUUAACUGGCAGUAGAACUUCAUGUGUUGCAGCAAGACCAACAAAGGAACUUUCCUUUUGAAUACAGUUUAUCUUGUAUUAAAGGAUUUCAGUAGAACACAAACCUGAAAAAAGAAGUGAAUUUUAUUCUUUGUGAGAUUUUUCAGUCAUAAAUUUUGAAUAGCUUUUCCAUGUUCUUAGCCUUGAUGUGUUGUAGGUACUGUGUUUCUUUACUGAUUAUACUGACUGAAUUGAUCUUAUGAUACAAUAAAUCAUCAAAAGAAAUAAUCAUAAGAUAAUUUAAGCUAAAAAUGUGUGCACUGUUUGCACAGAUCAAAUAUAAUGUGAUUGUUACAGGGUUUUGAAAUGUAUUUAUACGGUACUACUCACUGAAAAAUUAUUGGUAUUGUGUAUUUUUCCUCUUUGUUAUUUUACCAAUGUUGUUCACUGGAUGCAUUUUUUUUCCUUUCUUCUGAAUAAAAUCUACUUUCUGACAAGAAAUGUGGGUACAUUAUCUUCU